AUGGGGAAAGACUAUGAUGAUGUUAGGAAGCCAUUUGUCAAUAACAACAACUUUUUUUUGAAAGAUAUCAAUAACAACAAUAAUAAUGCUGGAUCUGGUUCUUUUUAUAUUGUGCUAUGUGUUCUCAUUGUAGCUUUGGGUCCUAUCCAAUUUGGUUUCACGUGUGGCUAUUCUUCACCAACUGAAGCAGAUAUGAUUCAAGAUCUUAAUCUCACAAUUUCACAGUUUUCAUUGUUUGGUUCAUUAGCCAACAUUGGUGCAAUGGUGGGAGCAACAGUCAGUGGUCAAAUAGCAGGAUACUUUGGGCGUAAGGGGUCACUAAUAGUCGCAGCAGUCCCAAAUAUAUUUGGAUGGCUAGCCAUUUCCAUAGCCAAAGACUCGUCGCUUCUAUAUAUGGGAAGGUUGUUGGAAGGUUUUGGAGUGGGGAUAAUAUCUUAUGUGGUACCUGUCUAUAUAGCAGAAAUAUCACCGCGAACCAUGAGGGGUAGCCUAGGAUCUGUGAACCAGCUAUCAGUUACAAUUGGGAUCAUGCUGGCUUAUUUGUUAGGCAUGUUUUUCAAAUGGAGAACGCUAUCAAUAUUAGGAAUUUUACCAUGUGCAAUAUUAAUACCCGGGUUGUACUUCAUUCCAGAAUCACCUAGAUGGUUGGCCGAAAUGGGAAUGAUGGAUAAAUUUGAAUCUUCACUACAAUCUUUACGAGGACCCAAGGUUGAUAUUAAUAUUGAAGCACAAGAAAUACAGGGGUCAUUGGCAUCGAAUAACACAACAGAUACUGUACGCAUAGCUGAUCUUAAGAAGAGAAGAUAUUGGUUUCCUUUGAUGGUAGGUGUAGGAUUGCUUGUGCUGCAACAACUUUCUGGUAUCAACGGUGUAUUUUUCUAUGCAAGUAAAAUCUUUUCAAGCGCAGGAAUUUCAUCCAGCAAUGCUGCUACAUUUGGGCUAGGAGCUAUUCAGGUUGUAAUGACUGGGGUUGCUACUUGGUUAGUAGACAGAAGUGGUAGAAGAGUGCUUCUUAUAGUAUCUUCCUCUGUGAUGACUGUUAGCCUACUGCUUGUUGCUACAGCAUUUUAUCUACAGGGAGUUGUAACAAGUGGCUCUGACCUUUAUAGAAUGAUGGGGAUGCUCUCUGUUGUGGGACUUGUGGCUUUGGUAAUUGGUUUUGCUCUUGGCAUUGGACCAAUCCCUUGGCUUAUAAUGUCUGAGAUACUUCCACCAAAUAUUAAGGGGCUUGCUGGAAGUGCUGCAACAUUUUUGAAUUGGUUCACUGCCUCUCUGAUCACCAUGACUGCACACUUUCUUCUAGAUUGGAGCAAUGCAGGAACAUUUACAAUUUAUGCAAUUUUUUCUGCCAUCAACGUUGCUUUUGCUCUACUUUGGGUUCCUGAGACCAAGGACAGAACAUUGGAAGAAAUUCAGGCAUCGUUUAUUAGAUAAUUUUCAUGAUUAAUUAUUUUAUUCUAUAUAUAAUUUAUGUGUGACCAUUAAGUUUUGGUACACACAAAUCCAUUUGUGUUACAUUGGUCUUGUAUAGGAAAAUCUGGAAAAGAAUCC